AUGAGCAUUGGAGUUGCUCAAGCCGAAGAAGGACACUUCGCAGCCGCUCUGGAGUCCUAUGAAUCAGCCCAAGAGAUCUUUGGGCAGUUGCAGCGCUUGAGAUCCAAGAAUGGAGCCAGAUUGCUGGCAAACAUUGCCAUCACCAAGGCCAAAGUGUUUGAAGAUCGGAAAGAGGUGGUUGCUGCAUUCUCCACUGCAUUGGAGGCCUUUACAGAGCAAAAGCUCUUGGAGUCCAAGGAAGGUGUGCGACUGCUGAUUGAGGCGGGCAAGGCUUUGGAGGAGCUGGAACGCUUUGCCGAGGCGCUUGAUCACUACAAAACCGCGAGAGACACCUUGGAACGGGCCCGUGCCUUGGGCUCCUUGAUGGGUAUCGAAGUUCUGGAGAAGAUGAGCGAUGCCCAGUUUGAAUUGGAUGACUUGGAAGGCGCGGAAAGCAACUUGGUGAUGGCGGUGGCAAAGAAGGAUGCCAAGGGUGCCUUGGAUUCUGCCGAGGGCGCAGCACUGCUGCAGAAGCUGGGUGACUUGCAGGUGGAGUUGAACGGAUAUGAGGAGGCGUUGACGUCCUACCGCAGUGCGCGGCAAAUCUUGGAAGAUCGAAAUGGCUUGAAAGGCUUUUUGGCCGCCUGCUUGCUGGCGAACAUGGCCACGCUCGAGGCCGCUUCCAAGCCAGCUCAAGCUCUUGAAGGCUUUGAAGAAGCGAGGAAACUCUUCUUGGAAGCAGAGGCCAUUGACACAGAAGAAGGAGCAGAUCUCUUAGUAAACUUGGCCAAUCAACAUGUAAAAGCUGGUGAAGCUGAUUUGGCGCUAAGACAUUUGCGACACGCCCAAGAAGUCUUCCAAACAAAGGAUUUGCUCAAUUCCAUGUCGGGUGUCAAGCUUUGGAUGAACUUUGGCUUGGCCUUCAUGCAGAAGGAAGGCGAUUCGACUGCUCCAAGCGCUUUCGAAGAAACCAGAGAUGCACUGGGAAAAGCCUGGAAGGUCUUGGAGGCCAACGCGGGGACCGAGACACUUUUGGCGGUGGAACUCAAUGCACUGAUGGCUCAAGCAAGCAUCCGAGCCGGGAACUUCGAAGCUGCCUUGGCCGACUUAGAACGCGGAAGAGCUUUGAUCCAGCGACACGGAGGCCGCGGCUUUCAAGACACGGAGGCCGCGGCGGAGGUCUUUUACAACCUCGGUGUGUGCUACUCCGAAAUGGAGGACUUGGAUCAAGCUAUCGAGUCAUUUGAAAGUGCUGCCUCCUCUUUGAAAGCUCAAGGGCCUCUCUCCUCUUCCUUUGCCACCGAAGUCUGUGGCGCACUGGCCGAUGCCUAUUUCGAGGCGGAGGACACCAGCAAAGCGGUGGAGACCUACGAACUGGCCUGCCAGUCGGAGGAAGCCUAUGAUGGAGAUGAGACCACCCUAGCCUUGCUUCUCACCAAGCGAGGCCUGGCCUUGGCGGAGCUGGAUGACCUUGAAGAUGCUCUGAAGGAUCACGAGCAAGCUCGCAGUGUUGCUGAAGAAGGUGAUUUCCUGCAGACGGGUUUGGGCGCGGAUAUCCUGGUCAACAUGGGCAUUGCUAAGGCCAAGGGACAGUUGCUAGAGGAGGCGGUCGCGGAUUUCGAGGUGGCAUUGGAGAUUUUGGAAGAGAAUGAGAUGUUGGAGACAGAGAUGGGUGCUAGAGUUUUGCAGAACCUCAGCAUUGCACAGGACGGCAGCGGGAUCCUGGCUUUGGGCACCACCUUCGUCGUUGCGUGCGCUCGAAAGAACUGGUCGAGGCGCAAGUCCAGUUUCACGACAUUUGGGCCCAAAGAUGCUGGCAAAGGUGAAGGUCGGUGGGUCAUCCCACGCUUAUGGCAAGAGUUCCGAGACCAGGCUCAGCCGCAUCUUCUCAUUCCAGCCACCCUCAUUUCGAUGUCAUUGGCUGGGACCGCAUCGUUGAGGGCAUUCCUGACUGGACGUCUUCUGGACACUGCCAUCAACAUUGCUGGCACGGGCACCACCGAUGCGAUCCAUGCACUGGCACCCAUUGCAGGAUUCUACUUUGCCGCAGCUUUGUAUGGGUACUUUGCCAACGUGGUGCAAGGAAUUCUGUUUGCUCUUGCCAGGUGGAGAAUGUCCAUGCAGAUGAGACGAAAGCUCUUCAAGGCGUUGAUGCGGCAAGAAGUGGCAUUUUUCGAGAAGAACUCCAGUGGCGGCUUGGUGUCCAGGUUGACGAAUGAUACAGACCAGUUGCAGAAUGUGUUGAAUCGAGCUCCUGAAAACCUGGUGACGAACCUCGUCCGCUUGGUCGUCUCGCUGGUCCUCAUGGCCAAGCAGCACCUGCUGCUGACGGUCAUCAGUGUCGCUCCAUUGCCGCUGGCAUUUUUUCUGGUCAAAAAGACCGGAGAAGUCGUGGGCCGCUACGGAGCGCUCCAAAACGACGCGCUGGCGAGGGUGAAUGGCGUGGCUUCGGAGGCCAUCACCAACGUGAGGGCGGUUCAGUUGGCCGGGGGCGAGGAGACCGAGACCCAGGAGUAUGGAAAGGCCACCCAGAGCUACCUGGAGGUGAUUCAGCAAACACUUUACAAGGAAACGGCGCUGCGUUUCAUUUCAUCUCUUGUGAAUGAUGCUCUCACUGAUGUUCCACUCCUAUGCCUCUCAUGCUUGUUCAUCGCACGCGGGGAGCUGACCAUGGGCCAAUUCUACACCUACAGGACCUUGCUCUGGAGCUACCGCCGUGGCUUCCGCGAGCUGUCGGAGCUGUUCACCGGCAUGGCCCGCGCGGAGGCCGUCUCGAAGCGCUACUUUGACCUGACCGAUCGAGAGCCGAGCGUGCGCACCAAGCCGGACGCCAUCCACUUGCCUCGCUCGGCGGUCAGUGGUCAACUGGAGCUCCAUGGCGUUGGAUUUCGGUAUGCUGGAGCAGAAGAGGAUUGCUGGGCCAUCAGGAACGUCAGCUUCGGUGUGAAGCCUGGUGAAGUGGUGGCUUUGGUUGGGGCGAGUGGCGCCGGCAAGUCCACGCUGCUGAAGUUGUGUGCCCGCCUAGCAGAUCCACAGGAGGGUUCCGUGCGCAUCGAUGGGCAUGACCUUCGAGAUAUUGAUCUCAAGGACGUGCGACGUUGCCUGGGAGUCGUCGACCAGGAUCCAGCUCUAUUUGAUCGGACCGUGGUGGACAACGUGGCUUAUGGAUGUGACUUUGCCAAUGACAAAGAAGAGGCAGAAAGAGUGAGGGCUGCUUUGGGAGCUGCACAAGCAACUUCUUUUGUAGAG